AUGUCGUCCUUCUUCUUCUCCACCCCACUGGACAUCGACAUCGUUCUGGAGGACACCGACGACCGACAAACGGUAGACGUCAAGCUCGAUAAGAACCGACGAGAAAAAGCGCCUCUUUACUACGAUGGCGAGUCAGUCAAGGGCGCAGUCACCAUCAGACCCAAGGAUGGCCGGCGGUUAGAGCACACCGGUAUCAAGGUGCAGUUCAUAGGACUGAUCGAAAUGUUCUAUGACCGCGGCAAUCACUACGAAUUCCUCUCCCUUGGCCAAGAACUCGCCGCUCCCGGUGAGCUUCAACACCCGCAAACAUUCCCCUUCAACUUCAAGAACGUCGAGAAGCAAUACGAAUCCUACAACGGCAUCAAUGUCAAACUCCGGUACUUCACCCGUGUGACCGUCUCGAGACGAAUGGCCGACGUAAUCCGAGAAAAGGACAUAUGGGUCUACUCCUACCGAAUACCGCCCGAGAUCAACUCGUCCAUCAAGAUGGACGUGGGCAUAGAAGACUGCCUGCACAUCGAAUUUGAGUACUCCAAGAGCAAAUACCACCUCAAGGACGUGAUAGUCGGCCGGAUAUACUUCCUCCUGGUCCGGCUGAAGAUCAAGCACAUGGAGCUGUCCAUCAUCCGACGAGAAACGACAGGCGUGGCACCAAACCAGUACAACGAGAGCGAAACCCUCGUCCGUUUCGAAAUCAUGGACGGCUCACCGUCCAGAGGAGAAACAAUUCCAAUCCGACUGUUCCUGGGCGGCUUCGACCUGACGCCAACAUUCCGGGAAGUCAACAAGAAGUACUCGGUGCGCUACUACCUCAGCUUGGUCUUGAUCGACGAAGAUGCCCGACGCUACUUCAAGCAGUCCGAAAUCGUGCUCUUCCGGCAAGCACCGGAGAACCUUCCACAUCUUGCACUGGACAAGCCCAGUAUAGGAGGCAAAGAUCCUGAACGAACACCUUUGGCGCCUGCUUGA